AUGCUCUUUGUUCGAGUGCCGCAUGACGAUAUUUCUAGCUCAUGCGAGGGCAACGAAUCGACCGUAUAUUCCAAUGCAGUGUGCACCUCUCUUAACUUGUCGAAUUUUCAUUCGUCUGACUUGGACGUCUCUAUUAUUGAGGGUGAUGGAGGGCGCCUCAUGCGUCGUCGUGAAAUAUUCAGACCUAGGCAUGGCGAAGCAGAUGAGGAGUAUGAACACACGGAGGACUUCAGUGUACUUAGGGGUGGUGAUGCAGAUGAGCAGUAUGAACCAGCGGAGGACUUGAAUGAACCUGCGGCGUGGAGAUGCAGAUGA